AUGAACACCCUCGACAACCUCUGCCCCCUUGAUGGAAGAUACCGCAGCUCCACAGAAGAGCUGCGGAGGGUUUGGGGGGACUGCCAGUUGAUGCGGCUGCGCGUGUACGUGGAGGAGCGGGUGUCGAGGGUUUGUUCGCUGGCCAGCUACACAGAACUGCUGCACAUUUUGCUCACCAGCGAAGAUGUUAAUAGUGUUGCUUAUUCUUUAAUGACAAAAAGGGUUUUGGAAAAAGUGCUGCUGCCGCAGAUGCGGGCCAUACACGCAGCAACGCCGCUCCUCGCAAGGACUCAUGGCCAGCCCGCGAGCCCCACAACUUUUGGAAAGGAGUUUGCGGUGUACAGCCACCGCUUGAGCGCCCACAUUCGCAAGCUUGAGGAGGUGAAGCCGCUGGGCAAGUUCAGCGGCGCUGUGGGGAACUUCAACGCGCAUGUUGUGGCUUUCCCCGAAGAGGACUGGCCGAAGCUGGCGCAGCAGUUCGUAGAGCACGUGGAGUCGGAGGUCGGCAGCAGCACAAUGCCUCACAAGAUAAACCCUAUUGACUUUGAAAAUGCUGAAGGCAACUUGGGGCUUUCCAGCGCCAUGCUGCGGUUCCUCAGGUGGGGCCAAGCAGCAGGCUACGAGCAGCUAAAAACCCUCACGCGGGGCGUGGCUGUGGGGCCCCACAGCCUCAAAAGCUUUUUUGCUGCUGCUGCGCUGCCAGCAGCAGAAAAGGACAAGUUGCUGCAGCUCGCUCCCCACACCUACCUGGGCCUUGCUGCCCAGCUAGCCACGCAGCAGCAGCAGCAGCAGCAGCAGCAGCAGGCCGAAGAAGGAGGACAGCCAGCCAACAGCUAG